GAAUCAAAGUACAAAUAAAUUAAUUCAAGGAUAAAAGUUAAACAUAUACUUUAUUAGAAAAAUACUUAGAGGAGUAUUUUUACAAGAAUGAUGGAAUUUGCAAGUAGUAUAUGAGUACUUUGAAAGGGACUACACAAUUGGAUGAAUGAAGCUACAAGUAAGGUUCCUAUUCAAGCAUAAGAGACCCUUCCAAGGAAGGAAAUGAAGUAGUAGCUAAUCCCACUCUAUUGGAAUUGUAGUAGCAAAAACUUAGAUAAAAGUUAAGGUUGCUUUAGUCAAAGGAGCUACAAUAGGAGAUCUUCUACCCCUCCUCAAUCUUCUCUCCAUCUUUCUUGAAAAUAUGGCCCCAUGAAACUCCAAAAGAGGCAGCCCCUAGACCUGCAAAUUAACACAAAAUGGGGUUAGAAAAAUAGACUUAUAAGAAAGGGGAAGGAGGGGCAAGCUCGAUUAAGCAUGGAUAGGAGGCAGGUUGAAUAAUACAGCCGAGAGGCUGCCUCCAUGGGCAGAGAAGCAGCUAUUUUUGUCACAUUCCCGUCUUACACCAAAAUGGAAGCUAAUACAAAUGAGCAUAGUAAAAUGAGCUCAUUAAACAUGCUCAAAAGGAACAUGGAUCAGAUACUCCUUCCCAACACCAAGGCCGAGAAUCCAGCCUAAGAACAGCCCCAAGCUUACACCAAUUUAGUAUGAUCAACAUAAUUAUGGAGCUCUAAAAGAGAGGUUAGUUGUUAGCUCAAAAUAGAAAUUGGAGCUCUCCAAUGCCUUACACCAAUUUAGUAGUGAAGCUUUAAGCCCAAAAUCAAAAAGAAGAGAGAAUCUUUAACCCAAAUAAGACACAAAAUGCCAAGGAGUUUUGGCUAUAAAUACCAGCCCCACCACCAUCUCCUUCCUCACAUCUCUCAACAUUCACAAAUCACAUGAAGUGCAGCAAGAGAGGAAGGAGUGGCGGCGAGCUUAAGGGCAGUCCGGUGUUCGAAGGAGUCAUCGAGAAAGAGGUAAAACACUAGCUCACCCUCUGCUUUUGUUUCGAACAUCAUACUAGGCCCAAGAACAUAGAAUCAUGGCUGUAGCAAUCUCAAGACAGUAGCAACUCUUAGAACAAGUAGCAGUUGAAGUCCCCAAUAUAAUGAACUCAUUCCAGUGAGCUAACAAUCCUCCCAAAAGUCAUAACUUGCUUCACAAGAUGCAAAUGGAACUCUCAACAUGUUACUGCCAUAACUCACAAUUGAAAAAAAAAAGUAGAAGGGAAAGGGGGGAGACUUAGCUUUAGGCCGAGAGGGAGACGGCGACGGCUGGAGCAGCGAAAUCUGUCUCCAGGGACGGAGCAGUAAUGCGGAAGCUCCUGAUGCGCAGCGGCGGUGCUCGCCGACGAACGGGGCCGAGACCAACAACGCCGAGUCACCGGAAGAGAUGACCGGUUGAAUUGGAGAUUGACGGCAAUUUCGCCGGAGUGAGAGAGCGCGACGGAGAGGAAACCACCGCUGCUCUUCGUUCCAAAUUGAAGGAUUCUAAAUUGGAAAUAGAGAUGAGAAGUGAAAGUGGGGAAUGGGAUUAGAGAGAUUCGAAGUAUGGCGGAGGCGGGCGCCGCUGGUUUUCCUCUAAAUUGGGAAUGAAUUUUUGAAGAUGAAAGUAAAGUGUGGGGGAUGGUUGGACCGAAUGAGUGAAGUAAAUAUCUUGGGACAUUGUUUAGAGUUGGGCCUACUCCACUAAUUCUUUUGAUGACUUGGGCUAAGGAUUUAAUUUGAGUUAGGCCUCUUGAGGAGUAAUUUGAGGAAUUUAUAUUGUGCCGGAAAUGGUGUAUGCUUGGGAAGAGAAGUGAAGUUGGGCUGCAUUGGUUGGGCCGGAGAAUAGGAAAUUGAAGAUAUGUCGGAUGGAAUUAAUUUACGGAGGAGCUUGGGCUUAAAUUAAUUUGGUCUUGUCCAAGAAUUCUAAUUAAGUUCUUGGGCCAUGAUUAUUUAGGGCAUGCAUUCUAAUUCUAAUUAAAGUUUAAGAAUUUUCUUAAGUCUUGUUAGUAAGUGGUGUUGUUUUUUAAAAAAAGGUUAUCUCCGUGAGCUAAGGUCGGAGUCAGGAAAAAUCAAAUUAAGGAGUUUUAAGCGAAUGAGGGUUGGGAGAUUUUGGAAUCCAAUUGAUGGGAGCCCAAAUGGGACAUUAGAGGCAGCAUUGUAUCCAAAUGAGCAUGGGAGAGGCAUGGAUAUGUGUAGCAUUAACCCUAACUUUUUGGGGAAGAAUUAUCGCUAUGCUUAUGCUACUGGUGCACAAAGGCCUUGUAACUUCCCAAAUACCAUUACUAAGCUUGAUUUAGUGGAGAAGAAGGCUAAGAGCUGGUGUGAGGAAGACUCUAUCUCCUCCGAGCCCUUCUUUGUGGCUACGCCGGGUCCCACUGAGGAAGAUGAUGGUGUUUUGAUCCCGAUGGUUAGUCAGAAGAAUGGUGAUGGAUUUGCCUUGGUGUUGGAUGGAACUACUUUUGAAGAGAUUGCUAGAGCAAAAUUUCCCUAUGGUCUUUCAUGUGGGCUGCAUGGAUGCUGGGUUCCCAAGAAUUGA